UCCUGCUGGCCCAGAUGAGGGACUCCACGUCGGCCUCCAUCGCCAGCGGUGUCCUGGCCCCCCUGGAGGUCCUCAGGCGGUGUGUGUGGAACAUGUUCCGCCUUGAGAGCGAGCAGCUGAAGAACUGUGAGAUGACGAGGGCCGUCAGAGACGUGGAUUUCCCAGAAACCUCGGCGUGCCUGCCCGAGCACGUCCUGCGGGAGUGGAGACUGGACCUGGAGGAACUGAACCUGUUCCAACACUACCAGAACCAGAACUACGAUCACCACUGCAAGACCAGAACCCCCGUGGGGAGGUCCUGCACACAGUUCCUCCUCACCUGUCUAACCAGAGUUGAAGGAGAUACUCUGUCCGUGGAGGACACCGAAAAACUCUGGCUAAAGUGUGUGAAGAGCGGAGAGGAACUGGCCCACUUAUAGAGAGGAGAAGGAAGGUGGCAAAAUACAACA